AUGCGCCUUAGCGCACUUCCAGCGCGUGUCGGAGGUCGUGCCGUUCUAUAUAUUGUGAACACAUUGCCCCAGCGCUUACUACCCAACUCACGCGCACGCUGCCAACAUCCACCCGCAACCGAACUUAAUUCUCGGGAGCGGCCAGUCCUGCAGUUCUGCGUUUGCGCCUUCACUACAGUCAGUCGAAAGCAUCCCGCCACUCGGACAUAG